GUUGCUUUGUAGGCAUGGCACCUGCUAAGAAACGUGCAGUAAAGGGGAAAGAAAAGGAAAAAGUUCCAACACCUAAGCAAGAGAAAGAUGGUGCAGUAAAGGGGAAAGAAAAAGAAAAAGUUGCAACACCUAAGCGAGAGAAAGAUGGUGCUUCUCCUGUGCCUGGAAAGCCGGAUAAGAGGCAUCGUAGUAAUACUAAUCGUAUUCUUGGCAUCAUGGAAGCUGACAGUACAAGUGAAGAAAAACUGCAGAUGCUUGAUCCUCUGGGUUUUAGGGGUGUGUCGAGGGUUAAGCUUACGAGACUCCCGGAUAAUUUUAUUGAAUGGCUUUGCAAAAGCUUUGAUGUGAGUUCAAGGUCUUUCCCGCUGCUACGGUCAGGGAAGUUUAGAAUUGGAGAGGCAGAUGUGGAGAGAGUCUAUGGUUUGCCGCGUGGACCGUAUGUUGUUAAGCUGGAUAUGUUCAGUGCAGCCCAGAGGCACAGGUGGGGAAUUGAGUUAGGGCUUUCCAAUACUAAGAAAGGAAAGGCGUCAUUGGCAAAUGUUAAACUGGCAUUGGAAGAGGAGAGGGACAAUAAGAAGUGGAGGGAUCUUUUUGUACUGUGUGCAAUGGAGGCAGUUCUGUGUCCCAGUGGAAAUUUGAAGAUUAACCUCUCCUAUGCUGGUUUUUUGCAAGAUGAAAUGGUUGCUGACUUCACCCAAUAUAAUUGGUGUAAGCAUGUGGCUGACCAUUUUAAUGACAGUAUGGUUGAAGUGGUUCAAUCAAAGUCAAAGUUCCCUGGUGACGUUCAUCUUCUUUUUAUUUCGAUUCUUGACCGUGUGAAGAACCCCCCUGAGCUGCCCAUACCGACCUGUAAGCAUAGGUCGUACAAAGUCGCAAGUGCUGCUUUUCAAGUACUGAUGGACGAAGGUCAUCUCAAUAUUGGUCAUCGAGAUGUAGUGAUGGAAGAAGAAGCAACCUCCAGUCAACCAAUGGGACGAGAACGUGUGCUGGGUUCAAAGAGGAAAAGGCCGGUAGAUGAUCUUGAUAUGGUGAGGGAAGGGGAUCUUCCGAAGCUUCCCCAUCUUGACCUCAACUUGGAUGGUGUUCAUUCGGUUGAAGAAGCAUAUCAGUUGAAGAAUGACAUGGAAAGUUAUAAGAGGGCUUUGUUGAGGAUGGCUGCUCAUUACAGUUCGAGCAUUGAACAAGUUGAUGAUCAUAUAAAGAUGCUGGAGGGGCAGCAACCAGAGGAUAGUCCUGAAGAUAAUGUCGAUUUCACUGAUAGAGUUGAUGAUGUUUCUGUUCCUAAGGGAACCAAUGAUGUCGGUCGCAAUGCAUCUGCUGCCAAUGCUGAUGAUGAGACUGGUGCUAACAGUCCAAAGUCCCCGGGUCUUGAUGAUUUGUCAAUGGAGAUGGAUAAGGAUGGUGCUGGUAGUGUUGAUGUUGUGGUGCCAGAUGUUGGUCACAAUGAUCCUGCUGGCACUGCUAAUGAUGAUACCUCUCCUAAGGGAGUGUUAGAUUCGGAGGGACUUGAUGAUCAUCUUGAUAAUCUGACAAUGGAGAUGACACAAAAAAGUGUUGAUUCUGAGAAUGCUAAGAAGGUGAUGGAGAUGGACAGCUGUGAGGAAAAGGGACAAGGUGAUGAUGGAGAUGACAAUGUUGAUGCUGCUAAGUUGGAUAACUUGGUUGAGAAGGUCGUAAAGUCUGCUAUGGGGGAUGUUUGUGAAGAUGUGGUGGUUGAUGAGAAAAGGAAAGAAGCUGAUUCUGAGAAUGCUAAGAAGGUGAUGGAGAUGGACAGCUGUGAG